AUGCACUAAAAAUCAUAACCUUCUCUUCCUUCGUUGCACAUAGUUACAAGCCCAAAUAUGAGUUCUACCAAAAGGAUCCAUGCUAGAAUGAUAAUUGAACCAAAUGUCAAGGAUAUUAUAUCCUUGCCUAAGGGGCAAAUAAGAGGAUCACAAUUUCGAAGAGUCCCGUUAAAGAUGAAUCCGAAAGUUGUUCAAGCCUUCUCUCCAUUUUAAAGCUAUUCAAUUAUUGUAUGUAAUGGGAUAAUAUUAAGAGUUUUCGUGAUUUACUUUAUGAAAAACAAAAACAGGAAAAGUAACUUUAAAAGUUGAACGAGAAGAAACAAUUAGAAAAUCUAAAGGAUCUUCAACAUAGGGAGAAGAUUAAGUACUUCUCAAAAGAAGAGGAAAACAAUGAAGAUAUCAUUGAUUCAAUAAUGUACAGGGUAAGAAUGGAAUUAGGUUAACAGCAGUAGACUAAUUUUAUAACAAAUUGA